GCAGCCAUUUUGUCAGUCGGCAGCGGAUCCCGCGCGCUGCAGCAGUGCAGUUCCCCCUGGUUACCAAGCCGUCGGUUCUUCCUCGGCGCUGCGGGCGCCCUCGAAGAGCGCCCACCCGAGGCGUAGGCGUUCCUCCGGAACAGUGUCGCCGCUGCGGUUGCAUCUCUACGGAGCCAGCGCGCUGUCUGCCUUUCCCUGCCGCUGACAGGCGCCCUGAGGGCGCUGCCUUCAGCGAUGUCAAGCGAGGAAAGCUAUCGGGCCAUCCUGCGCUAUCUGACGAACGAACGUGAGCCUUAUGCACCGGGCACCGAGGGCAAUGUCAAGCGUAAAAUCCGCAAGGCUGCCGCCUGCUACGUUGUGCGCGGCGGGACUUUGUACUACCAGCGGCGGCAGCGGCACCGCAAGACCUUCGCGGAGCUGGAAGUCGUGCUGCAGCCGGAGCGGCGCCAGGGCCUCAUAGAGGCGGCACACCUGGGCCCUGGAGGCACCCACCACACCCGGCAUCAGACCUGGCACGACCUGUCCAAGACCUACUGGUGGCGAGGCAUACUAAAGCAAGUUAAAGAUUACAUAAAACAGUGUAGCAAGUGCCAGGAGAAGCUUGAUCGCUCCCGUCCAAUAUCAGAUGCUUCAGAAAUGUUGGAAGAAUUGGGAUUGGACCUUGAGUCUGGAGAAGAAAGUAAUGAAUCAGAGGAUGACCUGAGCAACUUCACUUCACCUCCAACCACAGCCUCCAGGUCUUCAAAAAAGAAGCCAGUGUCUAAACACGAACUUGUAUUUGUUGACACCAAAGGAGUGGUAAAACGUUCUUCUCCAAAACAUUGCCAGGCAGUUUUGAAACAGCUAAAUGAACAGAGACUCUCCAACCAGUUCUGUGAUGUUACCUUGUUAAUUGAAGGAGAAGAGUAUAAGGCUCAUAAGUCUGUCCUGUCAGCAAACAGUGAAUAUUUUCGAGAUCUUUUUAUUGAGAAGGGAGCCGUUUCUAGUCAUGAGGCAGUCGUGGAUCUUUCUGGCUUUUGUAAAUCAAGCUUCCUUCCUUUGCUGGAAUUUGCCUAUACCUCUGUACUAAGUUUUGACUUUUGUAGCAUGGCUGAUGUAGCUGUCUUAGCUCGCCAUCUUUUUAUGUCAGAAGUUUUAGAAAUUUGUGAAAGUGUGCAUAAACUAAUGGAAGAAAAGCAACUAACAGUGUAUAAGAAAGGUGAAGUACAAACGGUUGCAUCUACUCAGGACUUACCAGCUCACAAUGGAACUACAGCCCCACCUGUGACUAGGAGUGAAGCAACCACAACUUUGUCAAGUGAACUUGGGCAUUGUGAAAUUGUACUGCUGGUAAAUGGAGAAUUGCCAGAAACAGGACAGAAUGGGGAGCCAGGACAGCAGCCUGUGGCUCCAGUUUCUCCAGAGGCUGAAGUUAGUGUGUCCCCUAUAGAAUGUAUAACUGAUCCCCAUCCUGAAAUGGGAACUGCUAGCUUAGCAACAAAUACUAACCAAACAGAGAUAGAGACUGCAAUAAUCGGAGAAGAUGGCACAGUUGCUAAUGUUCAUCCUAAUAUUUCAAAAGAGAAUAUAAUCAGUAUUUCUCAAGAGGACAGUGAUAUGGGAAAUGACACAUUGCCUGAGGACAUCGGUGCCAAAGACUUUCCAGAUCAUAGUCAGAGCCUUGAUGACCAACCUUUAAAAGAUCAGGAAACUCUAAUUGAAACCACAGAAAAGACAGACUCAGGCCCAGAAGAUGAUACUUACAGAAGUAGGCUUAGGCAGCGGUCUGUUAAUGAAGGUGGCUACAUCAGGCUACACAAAGGCAUGGAGAAAAAGUUGCAGAAGCGGAAAGCCAUUUCUAAGUCGGCAGUUCAACAGGUGGCCCAGAAAUUAGUUCAAAGGGGGAAAAAGAUGAAACAACCCAAAAGGGAUGCUAAGGAGAACACUGAAGAAACGUCUCAUAAAUGUGGGGAAUGUGGAAUGGUUUUUCAAAGACGAUAUGCCUUUAUAAUGCAUACAUUGAAACAUGAAAGAGCUAGAGAUUACAAAUGUCCGUUAUGUAAAAAACAGUUUCAGUAUAGUGCCUCAUUACGAGCACACCUUAUACGGCAUACGAGAAAAGAUGCACCCACUUCAUCUUCAUCCAAUUCCACAUCUAAUGAGGCCUCAGGAGCAUCAUCUGAGAAAGGAAGAACCAAACGAGAAUUUAUAUGCUCAAUAUGUGGAAGGACAUUACCUAAAUUAUACUCCCUCCGAAUACAUAUGCUAAAGCACACAGGUGUAAAGCCACAUGCCUGCCAGGUCUGUGGAAAAACUUUCAUCUAUAAGCAUGGUCUAAAAUUACAUCAAAGUCUCCAUCAGUCACAAAAGCAGUUCCAGUGUGAACUGUGUGUCAAGUCAUUUGUUACCAAACGGAGUCUUCAGGAACAUAUGAGUAUUCACACAGGAGAGUCCAAGUACUUUUGCUCAGUUUGCGGAAAGUCUUUUCACAGGGGUUCCGGACUUAGCAAGCACCUUAAGAAGCACCAGCCAAAGCCUGAAGUUCGAGGCUAUCAUUGUACACAAUGUGAAAAAAGUUUCUUUGAAGCUAGAGAUCUGCGCCAGCAUAUGAAUAAGCAUCUUGGUGUGAAGCCGUUUCAGUGCCAAUUUUGUGAUAAGUGCUAUAGUUGGAAGAAAGAUUGGUAUUCUCAUGUGAAGUCCCAUUCUGUCACUGAGCCUUAUAGGUGUAAUAUAUGUGGCAAAGAAUUUUAUGAAAAAGCUUUAUUCAGGAGACAUGUAAAGAAAGCCACCCAUGGGAAGAAAGGAAGAGCAAAGCAAAACCUGGAACGGGUGUGCGAUCAAUGUGGAAGAAAAUUCACUCAGCUGAGAGAGUACAGGAGACACAUGAACAACCAUGAAGGAGUUAAGCCCUUUGAGUGCUUAACAUGUGGAGUAGCUUGGGCUGAUGCCAGAUCACUAAAACGUCAUGUCCGAACACAUACUGGUGAACGGCCCUACGUGUGUCCUGUGUGUAGCGAAGCUUACAUAGAUGCUCGGACACUUCGUAAGCAUAUGACUAAAUUCCACAGAGAUUAUGUGCCUUGCAAAAUCAUGCUGGAGAAAGACACUCUGCAGUUUCAUAACCAAGGAACUCAAGUGGAACAUGCUGUCAGCAUCUUAACUGCAGACAUGCAGGAACAAGAAAGUGCUGGGCCUCAAGAGCUGGAGACUGUGGUGGUGACAGGAGAAACUAUGGAAGUUCUUGAAGCAGUGGCAGCUACGGAAGAGUGUCCCUCGGUAUCUACGUUAUCUGACCAAAGUAUCAUGCAGGUGGUUAACUACGUGCUGGCACAGCAGCAAGGGCAGAAGCUGUCUGAAGUUGCGGAGGCCAUUCAGACUGUUGAAGUAGAAGUGGCGCAUGUGCCGGAAGCAGAGCAAGUAAUUGGCCAUGAGAAAAGAGUACUGUUAUUAAACACUGUUGAUGGGAAGUUUCUGCUUGAUAACAUUGGACUUUAAAUGGAAAAAAAUCAAAACUGAUUCUUUUGCUGAAGAAUGAACAAGUUAACGAAGAAGUUAAGUUUGGUAUGUUUUAGCUUUUGUAUCAUGUUUGUUUAAAUUUGUUGCAAAUUACAUCUAUAGUGGUAAUAUGGAUGCUAUAUAAUUGUUAGAUAAUUUCAGAAUGUUGAAAAUUCAAUGUAGCCCUCAUUAUACUGUGUUAUAUAAAAAAUUGAUUAUGGUACUAUCAAAUUGCUGAAAGUAUUUGAAAAGUUACCUUAAAACUAAAUUAUAUUCAUUCAUGUGUUUGAUUUUUUUUUUUUUAAUUUCUCACCUUUCUGAGUUUUCAGAUUUUGAAAAUAAGUAUGGAGAUAUGCCACAUUUCUUUAUAGAAAACUAUCGUUCAAGCUAUAAUUGUUAAAAUUAAGCUUUUAGGUAUUAGAAGCUUUCUUAAAGUAUAAAAUUAAGAUAUAAACAGAUUAUAUGUAAAUCAUUCCUAAAGCACAAGAAAUGAAUGUGCCUUGAUGUACAUAUAUAAUAUUAAGAUGCUUAUUCCAGUUUACUUUCAAAAUGGCUUUAAGGUUAAGGAGUAAAUGUGACAGCCCUGCAUGCAUUUUAUUGCAUAUGUAAUGUGUGCAUUUGCAAAUUUGGUGUUGUUUUAAUAGCUGUGUGACUUUCGUUUUAAAGGUGAAUCUAUAUACAGCCCACAACUUCAUAUAGGCUAUUCAUUGGUCAUGUCCAAUGGUUAAUGAAAAAGUAUUUCAAUGUAAUUAACAUUUGAAAUUGUCUUUUAUGUUCCAUUUUCACCAUUGUUAGAUUUAGUUAAAUGUAUAAGAUCAUAAAUGUAUGUCAGAAACAUGUAAAUAAAAGAUGUUCAGUCUUAUUAAAAGCAAAAUUUUGGAGUUGACCUUGA